GCCAAGCCAUCUUCGUAUGCGAAGAGAUGGUGGACGGCCGACCUCACACAGCUCCGGCAGAUCCACACUCACUGGAGGAACCGGGCGAGGGCGGAGAGAAGGGCAGGUAACACCCAACCCGAGCUGGAAAAACGCGCCCGCUCGGCCGCCAAGCAAUAUCACGACGCCAUCCGACAACAGAAGAAGAGCCAUUGGGAGGACUUUCUGGCCGGCGACACAAACAUCUGGAAGGCCGCGAAAUACCUCAAUGUCAGCAGAGGGGCUUCCUUCGACAAGAUUCCCCAUUUAAAAAGGGCCGAUGGUUCCCAAACGGAAGACGCCGCAGAGCAGGCCGAAGAGCUGCUCUCUACAUUCUUCCCUCCUCUUCCCAACACGAUUGAGGAGGAGGGGGAGCGGCCACAGAGGUCGCCGGUACCCUUCCCUAACCUUACGCUGGGAGAAGUAGAGAGACAGCUCUUUGCGGCAAAGCCGUGGAAAGCACCCGGAGAAGACGGUCUGCCAGUGGCAGUGUGGAAGCACACAUGGCCAGUGGUGAAGGAGAGGGUACUAGCACUCUUCCAGACCUCACUGGAUGAAGGGAUGUUGCCGAGGCAAUGGCGACACGCCAAGAUCAUCCCGCUGAAGAAGCCAAACAAAAGCGACUACGGCGUGGCAAAGGCCUGGCGACCGAUCUCGCUUCUGUCGACGCUCGGAAAAGUGCUAGAGUCGGUCGUGGCAGAACGUAUCUCGCACGCGGUCGAGACGUUUGGCCUCCUCCCUACGAGCCACUUUGGCGCUCGCAAGCAGAGGUCGGCGGAGCAAGCGCUGGUACUGCUGCAGGAGUACAUCUACAGAGCGUGGAGAAAGAGAAAGGUGGCCACUCUGGUCAGCUUUGAUGUCAAGGGAGCAUACAAUGGUGUGUACAAGGAGAGACUACUUCAACGACUCAGGGCACGGGGUAUCCCUGAAAAGCUGGUGAGAUGGGUUGAUGCCUUCUGCUCCCACAGAACGGCAAGCAUCCUAGUCAACGGUCACGAGUCCGGGGCUCGCCCAUUACCACAAGCAGGGCUGCCUCAGGGCUCACCGCUGUCACCCGUACUCUUCCUUUUCUUCAACGCCGACCUCGUACAGCACCAAAUCGACGAGAACGGGGGCGCGCUGGCCUUCGUCGACGACUACACGGCGUGGGUCACCGGCCGAUCGCGCGAAGCAAACCGGGAAGGCAUCCAGAACAUCAUUGACAGAGCACUUGAGUGGGAACGACGAAGCGGGGCGACCUUCGAGACGGACAAGACGGCCAUCAUCCACUUCACGCGCAACUGGAGGCUGCCGGCAGACUCGACCAGCUUCGUCAUCAAAGGGGACACUGUCCGACCAAAGGACCACGUCAAAGUACUAGGGGUGACGAUGGACACGAAACUUCGCUUCGAGAAGCACAUCGCAGACGCGACGACAAAAGGGCUGGAGGCCGUGCUGGGGCUCAGGCGGCUCAAAGGUCUGUCUCCGGCGACGGCCAGACAGCUUUUCGUCGCGGCCGUGGCACCAACGAUGGACUACGCGUCGAAUGUCUGGAGAUAUAGAUGCCGAGCAGCGCAGAUGAGGGUGAUCAACCGAGUGCAGAGGAUUGGCGCCCAAGCGAUCGUGGGAACCUUCAACACAGUGGCCACGGCGGUUGCCGAAGCGGAGGCAAGCAUACAAUCGGCACAAGAGAGAUACGACAGAAAAUCAACGACAUUCUGGGUACGGAUGCGAAGCCUUCCCAAGACGCAUCCGCUUCGACGCCUGCGGGCGGUGGCCUUUAGACGAUUCCCAUCACCCUUCCAGCUGAUGGCGGAGGCCUAUCGCGACCAACCUCUUCACAAGCUGGGGACUAUCGAAGGGUAUUCGAUCACUCCAUGGGAAGCCCGGAUUGACGCAGUAGUCGACGACGACGCGGUCAAGGCCACCGAAGCAAUCCAGUCCGGGUGGGCAGUGAGGAUAGCGACGGGGAGCUCGGCAAGAAACGGGAUUGUGGGCUAUGGAACGACCACAGCGCUGCCUGCGUCACUCAGAGGGGGUGGCGGCGUGAUAACGGCCUCGCGCACACUCGGCCUGAGAACAGAGCUGAACCCGUAUGUAGCAGAGCUGGCGGCGCUGGCAGAAGCGGUAAAGUCUCUCCCGCAGAGGCUCGACUACCGGGCUAUCCACGUGUUCACCCGCAACAAAGCGGCUGUGCUAGCCAUCCGUAACCCGCGGCAGCAGUCGGGCCAACGAGAGAUCCGCCAACUAUAUGUCAGCGUACAAGAUCUUCAGAGGAAAGGCAACAGAGUCACACUCUUCUGGCUUCCAUCAGCUGUAGAAUCAGACUUGUCGAAAGCGGCUAAAGCAGCAGCAAAGGAAAGCACAAUACCGAGCAAGACACCGCAGAAACGACCGGCCAGAGCCUACUCGACGGCACUUAGAAUCGCUUUACAGAGCGUGCGACAGAAGUACAGAGCUUUGCCCGACAACGUAGGAGCAUUUUCGAAGAAGAUCGAUGUGGCUUUACCAGGAAGGCAUACGCGCGAGCUGUAUGAUGAGCUCUCUUGGAAAGAAGCCAGUAUCCUGGCGCAACUGCGUACCGGGAUGGCAAGACUGAACUGGUACCUGCACCAGAUCGGAGCAACUGCCUCGGCGCAUUGCGUCUGCGGGCAGGCGGCAGAAUCGGUAGAGCAUUUUCUCUUCCGUUGCACACAGUGGACGGCACAACGAACUCGGAUGCUUCAACAGACGGAAACGCAGAGAGGGAACCUGUCGUACUUUCUCGGAGGAAAGAGCGCGUCCGAUCCUGAUGAUUGGUCGCCAUGCAUAGACAUUGUCAAAGAGACGAUCAAGUUUGCCAUGAGUACGGAGAGGCUGGAUGCACAGAUCAGCCAUCAGCGAAACCACACACAACCUACAUCAACACACUAA